GGAAACCAGGAAAAAAUAAAAAUGCUUAGUACGACAGUUAUGCUCCCAAAUCUCGCCUAAAACAAUCAACGUUGCUCUCUUCCUUCCUGCGUUGCCCCACCUCCGCCUCCUCCCUCGCCGGCCACCAUCAGCGCUAACGGUAACAUUGCCCGGCGGGCUGAUUCCGCUCUAUUUUAGUAACUUCCACACUCGAAAUUCUCUCUCUGUCUCUCCCUCGUCGUACUUCCACCACUCCUCCCUCCACCUCUCCCGUCUGUGCUGUCCAGCUCUCCUUUCCUCCAUCCAGUGGAGGAUUUCAUUUGUACAAGGCGGUGGUAAAAUCCUAGGGUUUUGGAGAGUGAAGGGGACGGGGGAUAAAUGAAUUGGGAGUUGGAUGCUGAGUUUCGACAAUGGUAGCUGCAGUUUCUGCUCAGAUAAACCCUCCGAAGCCGAGGCCAACACCGCAAAACCAGAACCCUACCAGGCCGCCUCUGCUGCCCUCGGAAUCGGACAAUGCUCUCGCUCCUCGCCGCCCCAAGCCUCGGGAAGUUACUUCUCGCUACAUGUACUCUUCUUCUUCGUCGUCUUCGGCCGCCAAACGCUGCCCCUCGCCCUUGAUUUCCCGGCCCAAGACUCCCACCACGCCGUCUGUUCCUUCAACGAUUAAGCGCUCGCAGUCCGUCGAGAGGAGGAGGUCCGCUAUCCCUACCGGCCGCCCUAAUUCCGAGGAUGUGAGGAUCGCGAAUGGACACGGCGCCGGUGCAGGCGAAAUGACGAAUGCGCAGAAGAUGUUGAUUUCCUCGACGAGAAGCUUAUCCGUGUCGUUUCAGGGAGAAUCGUUUGCGCUCCAGGUGAGUAAAGCGAAGCCGGCUCCAUCACCGGUUAGCGCGAGGAAAGGAACGCCGGAGCGACGGAGAGCUACGCCUACGCGAACGGAUCAAGCGGAGAAUAAUAGUUCCAGGUCUGCGGAACUGCAGCACCGGUGGCCGGGGAGAUUGCGGGAGCCGCCGAAUUCCAUGACGAGGAGCGUUGAUUAUACUACAGAGAGGAAGAGAGCUAUCGGAUCUGGCGUCAGUGCCAACGUUGUGAGAGCACUGCAUAGAUUGGAUAGUAGGUCCUCAAUUGAGAGCAGAUUGAGCUCUGAUUCCAGCAAUGUCGGUGAACCAGAAAGGCUAGUCGGAAUCAGCGGAUCCGAAGCACACUCUGAUCCUCGUUUGCCUUCCGAUACUGAAAGUGUAUCCUCCAGUACAACUUCAGAAGGAAGUAACAACGCCGGCGGGCAAUUCCGCAAGGGUGGACGUGGGUUAAUUGUUCCGGCGAGGUUUUGGCAAGAGAAUAACAACAGAGUCCGUCGCCAACCACCUGACUCCUGUUCACCUUCCAAGUUUGCAGCGUCCAGAACAACUUCACAGCAGAAAAUCAUGCCGCCCAGGAAGCUUGGAAUUGAGAGUCCAGUUUCUUCACCAAAAGGUGUUAUCAAUACAAAGGGGCAAUCGUCUCCCUUACGAAGGCCUGCUUCACCUAGUAAGAUCGGGGCGGUGUCAGCAAUGGCGACACCUGUGAGGGGUAUGAGCCCUUCAAGAACGAGGAAUCCACUAGGAGGCGCAACGAGCAAUUUUGGUAAUACUUCAACUCUUUCUAUUUUGAGCUUUGGUGCUGAUAUUAGGAGAGUGAGAGGUGGCGAGACUCGGCUUGUUGAGGUGCACCAUUUGAGAAUUUUGUAUAAUCGACUGUUGCAAUGGCGGUUUGUCAACGCCAGGGCUGAUGGUGCCCUCUCCGUUCAGAGCUCGAAUGCAGAGAAAAGCCUGCACAGUGCACAUGCAGCAACAACAAGACUGCGGGAAUCGGUUAGAACAAAGAGAACUGAAUUACAAUGGUUUAGGCAGAAUGUGAAGCUGAUUUCUGUGCUGAGAGGGCAGAUGGAAUAUCUAGAGGAGUUUGCACUCUUGGAACAGAAUUACUCCUGUUCUUUAUCAGGGGCCAUUGAAGCUUUACAAGCAAGCACACUCCGCCUGCCUGUUGUUGGUGGAGCACGGGUACUAUGCCCUGUUCUUUUCUAUUUUCCUUCUAGUUUUGCUUACACGAACAUGAGUUUUAUUCUGAAUACCCAGAAGCUGAGACUUAUGGCAGAUACUCAGAAUGUGAAGGAGGCUAUCUAUUCAGCGGUCGAUGUGAUGCACGCCAUGGGAUCUUCCAUACGCUCUUUGCUAACAAAGGUUGGGGAGAUGAAUUCUCUUGUGGCAGAACUUGGUAGCAUGUCUGCAAAGGAGCUUUCAUCACUUGAUGAGUGCAGAGACCUGUUGAAAAUGCUGACAACGACACAGGUGAAAGAAUGUAGCUUGCGUACACACAUUGCACAACUAGGAGGCCUAUGUGCCGGUGUGACAACAGCAAUGUAAAGCUCCCCCGCUCCCACAUUGACUCCCACUUCCCAAAGGACAGCUAACUGAAAAAAACACGUUCGUUGGUUCUUCCUCUGAUGAAAGGAAUAAGCGGUAAGACGUAGCUCUGAGAUUGGAUUGUUGUUUAUGGCGUACAGGCUGAAGAAGAGUGGUUUUACAUAUAUAUAUGAAUUAGGGCUUAGUUAUUAUAUUUUUGGGUUGCGGAUUAGUACCUAUAUCCAAAAGUUAGAUUGUAUAGAGAAAGUUGAUUUCCACACAAUAGUCAGUAACUCGGUAAGUCCUAGGUAAGUAGUAAGCAAGAUACAAAGAGAAAUGGAAAAGGGAAAGAAAAAAAGAAGAAGCAUGCACCUGUAAAUAUACAUAUUGUAAUGAUGGUUCCCAGGUGUUCAUUUAUUCAACGGCUGCUCGUGCUUAUCAUUAUUGGGUGAAUUGCAAGUUUG